AAUAACCAAGUAAUUUCAAGCAUCCCACUUUCUUCUCCUUUGUCUCCAAACCCAUUCUCCCCAUACCCAAACUCCCCAAAACCCUAUUUCAAACCAUUCCCAAAUUCUAUGAAAACCUAUCUCUAACCAACAACACACACAUGAGAACAAUGCCAAUAACAUCAGGAGUUCGAGCCUUCACAUGGUUCUCUCUUCGUAGAUACCUAGAAGACAACAUUACCAACCUCCACAAAUGCACAAACCUCAGUUUCAUCAAACAAAUCCACGCACAGCUCAUCAAAUCCCAUCUCCACCAAGACCUUUACAUUGCCCCCAAACUCAUUGCUUCUUAUUCACUCAAUAACCACAUCUCUUCCGCUGUUAACGUCUUUAACCAAGUCCCUGACCCAAAUGUGCAUCUUUAUAAUAACCUUAUCAGAGCAUAUUCUCUCACAGGCAUUGAAUCAAACAGUUCGCUUGCGUUUGAUGUUUUCUUGAAGAUGCAGUUGGAUGGUGUUCUGGCGGAUAAUUUUACUUACCCUUUUCUUUUGAAAGGGUGUAGUGGUAGUUCUUGGUUGAGUUUGGUGAAAAUGGUUCACGGGCAUGUGGAAAAAUUGGGUUUUUAUGGGGAUCUUUUUGUGCCUAAUUCGUUGAUUGAUUGUUAUUGUAGGUGUGGGGGUGUUGAGAUGGCGGUGAAGCUGUUUGAGGGGAUGGAGGAAAGGGAUGUUGUGAGUUGGAAUAGUAUGGUUGGUGGGUUGGUUAAAAGUGGGGAUUUUGAGGGUGCUUUGAAGAUGUUUGAUGAAAUGCCGGAGAGAGAUAGGGUUAGUUGGAAUACGAUGUUGGAUGCGUUUGUGAAAGCGGGUGAAAUGGAGAAGGCGUCUGAGCUGUUUGGAAGAAUGGGUGAGAGGGAUAUUGUUUCUUGGUCGACGAUGGUUUGUGGUUAUAGUAAGAGCGGGGAUAUGGAAAUGGCAAGGUUGUUGUUUGAUAGGUGUCCUGUGAAGAAUUUGGUGUUGUGGACGACGAUAAUAUCUGGGUAUGCUGAGAAGGAGCAGGUGAGGGAGGCGACGGAGUUGUAUGAUGAAAUGGAGAAGAUUGGAUUGAGGCCGGAUGAUGGGUUUUUGAUAAGUAUUAUGUCUGCGUGUGCUGAGUCUGGUAUGCUUGGGUUGGGGAAGAAAAUUCAUGAUUCGGUUCUGAGGUGUAGGUUUAGAUGUAGUACUAAGGUUUUGAAUUCCUUCAUUGAUAUGUAUGCAAAGUGUGGUUGUUUGGAUGACGCAUUUCGUGUCUUUAGUGGAAUGAAGGAGACGAAAGAUUUGGUGUCUUGGAAUUCCAUGAUACAUGGGUUUGGCAUACAUGGACACGGUGAAAAAGCAAUUGAGCUUUUCUCUACGAUGGUACACGAAGGUUUUGAGCCCGAUAGAUAUACGUUCAUUGGCCUUUUAUGUGCUUGCACCCACGCAGGCCUUGUUAAUGAAGGGCGUAGUUACUUUUAUUCAAUGGAAAGAGUAUACGGGAUUGUUCCCCAAAUUGAGCAUUACGGUUGCAUGAUUGACCUUCUCAGCCGAGGUGGACAUCUAAAAGAAGCUUUUAGGCUUCUGCGCAGCAUGCCUAUGGAACCGAAUGCCAUUAUAUUGGGUACUCUUUUAGCCGCUUGUCGGAUGCAUAAUGAUAUUGAACUCGCAAAAGCUCUAUGUGAACAUUUAUUUAAAUUGGUGCCAUCAGAUCCUGGGAAUUUCUCGCUUCUGUCAAACAUUUAUGCCAUGGCUGGUGAUUGGAUUAAUGUUGGCAAAGUGAGGUUGCUGAUGAAGAUGGAAGGAGGUCAAAAGCCUUCCGGGGUUAGUUCCAUUGAGGUAGAAGAACAAGUACACAAAUUUACUGUACUUGAUCAGUCACACCCUAAAUCAGAUGAUAUAUAUAAUAUGAUUGAUAGAUUGGUACAAGACCUAAGGGAAGUUGGAUAUGUUCCUGGGAUAUCAUAGAUGAAUAUGAUUUUGAUUACAUCACUAUGCACAGCUGAAAUCAUACCUACAGUUCGAGAAAUGAAUACCAUAAUGUAGUUAUGCUUAUGCACAGUGCUGGUUUACUAAAUGCCAAGAAAUCGGUUUGGCAAAACAAAUGUGGUAUUCAGGGGCCUUGGUGGAAUACCAUAACCUAUGUUACCAGUACAAGCAUCCUGCAAUUCUUGUAAAGUCAAAGAAAGGGGAUAUUUUGCAAAGGGAGAAUUCUCAAAGAUGAUUCUUGUCUGUCACUUGUUCUAAAAUGAAGCACUGCUGUAAAUACGCAUACUGGUGGAUGUUGGCGACCAAACUCAGACAUUUACUUGAGAAUAAGGUUAUUUCUACAACUACCUACUUGUCGGGGGAAGCCCCAACUGUGUUUUUGGUAAAUUCUUAUACAUAUGCAGUCGCAGAGAAUAGUUAACAACUCAUUUACUCACUCAUGAAUUGUCAUUAACUUCUUGCAUAAGCAUAAAAGCACUUAGAAGUUGAGUUUUAAUUAUCAUUAUAUUUCGCCCCAUUCAUUGAUCUGCAUUUUUUUCACUCUACAUUCGACAUGCAUGUCUCUCUAAUUUUCAAUUCAUGUGUUCUUGCAUAUUUUUGUUUUUCAUUUUUGUGAAUUUUUUUUCAAAUAACCACUAUUUUCAAAAAAAAAAAUCAAAAUAACCAGUUUCAAAAAAUUUACCAAACUAACCAUAUUUCAAAAAAUAAUAAUUUUAUCACAGAGCAGGCGCCAUUACUUUGUGUGACGCAUGCAUCUAAAUUAACACAGGCGCCAACCACCUUGGCGCAUGCUCCUACGCGUCGCCAUCCUACAUGGUGCAUGCACUUAAACCUUAAGUGUAGUAGCCGUUCAGGACGGCUACUCUUGUUUUGGUUUUUAUAUAUUUUUAAAUAAAUUAAUACUAAAUAUAAAUAAAAAUAAAACUAUUAUAACAUUCAUUUGAAAACACUAUUACAAGAAGUUUUGAUAAUUUUUUUACCAAUGUCCUCAUCCUCCACCGAAAUGCCCCAAAAGCCCGUCGAUAAAACAAAUACGCCUAAAAUUUUGCCUUCGCGGUCUUUGAUUUUGAUUUUGAUCUUCCGGAAGUUUAAGUGCAUGCGCCAUGCAGGAUGACGAUACGUAGGAGCAUGCGCCAGAGGGAGUAGCGUCUCUGUGUUAAUUUAGGUGCAUGUGCCACAGAGUGACACCUCCUCUGUGUGCCGAUUUUUUUUAUUUUUUUUUGAAAUGUGGUUACUUUCAUAAAUGAAAUAUUUUAAAAUUGUGGUUAUUUUAGAUUUUUUUUUUAAAAUAGUGAUUAUUAAAAAACAAAAAUCCAUUUUUGUUCAAUAUAUGAAUAAUGUCUAAUAUAAACUGUCUAAAUUAUAAACAAUCAAAUAAAAGGUCUUAAAAAUAUAUAUGAGUAAUGUUUACUUUUUUUCAAUGAUCUAACUGUAUUAUCGAAUGACAAUUUU